GAGCUGACAUUGCCGAAACAUAAAGUACUUUGUAAUUCGUUACUUUUAUUCUGCCAAGCAUUCUGACCCGGAAGCAGUUUUGGUCCCUGUUAAUUCAAUGGUUUAGAUCGAACUUGCUGCUUCAGCCAAAAUAAACACACACAUUCUCUUUUUAUUUAGUUUUUUACCAGACAUGACAAGGAGUCCCAGUUGUUACUCAUCUGCCUUUGCAGUGCUCAAUGAGGUCUCACGUCAGCGAUGGCUGUAGUGUCGUGGAAGGAGAUCUGUCUUCUGACUGGACUGGUGGUGGGCUGCUACUGGAACAGCCUGUUCUGUGGUUUUGUGUUCGAUGAUGUCUCUGCCAUCUUGGAUAACAAAGACCUUCGUCCCACCACACCGCUGAAGAACCUCUUCCUCAAUGACUUCUGGGGCACACCUAUGUCUGAGGAGAGGAGCCAUAAAUCCUAUCGGCCGCUUACUGUUCUCACCUUCCGCCUCAAUUAUCUGUUCAGCGAGUUGAGCUCCUCGUCGUACCACCUCUUCAAUGUGGUUCUUCAUGCCGUGGUGUGUGUCCUCUUUCUCCACUUCUGCCGUCUGCUCCUGGACCGAAGCACCAGCCUCAUAGCGGCCCUGCUGUUUGCAGUCCAUCCCAUUCACACAGAAGCUGUAACAGGUGUUGUUGGCAGGGCUGAGUUGCUGUCCUCCAUUUUCCUGCUGGCGGCUUUCCUGGCGUACACCAAAUCAAAAGGAGCCGAUCACUCCAUUGUGUGGUCUCCCAUCAUUUCAACCGUGUUCCUUGUUGCUGUUGCCACGCUAUGCAAGGAACAGGGAAUUACUGUCAUCGGGAUAUGCUGUAUUUACGAGGUCUUUGUUGCCCAAGGGUUCACUCUGCCCAUGCUGAUUGACACCCUACUACAGGUGUUGAGAGGAAAAGAUGUUUUUCCUUACGCUGUUCUCCAGACCCUUCUGAAGCUCAUUGUCCUGAUCAUCAGCACGCUUUUGCUGGUCAUCGUCAGGGUGCAGGUCAUUCAGUCCCAGUUGCCAGUGUUUACCAGGUUUGAUAAUCCAGCUGCUGUCAGCUCCACCCCAACCAGGCAGCUGACCUUUAACUACCUCCUGCCAGUAAAUGCCUGGCUGCUGCUCAACCCCUCUGAGCUGUGUUGUGACUGGACGAUGGGCACUAUUCCCUUGGUGGAGUCCCUGCUGGACCCUCGCAACUUUGCCACGUUGGCAUUUUAUGGCUUGCUGAGCUUCCUGGCUUAUCACAGCCUUUGGUACGGCCACAGUUCUGCCAAGAUCGUCAUGAUGGCAUUGUCUCUGAUUGUCCUUCCUUUCAUUCCUGCAUCCAACCUGUUUUUCCCUGUGGGCUUUGUUGUUGCCGAAAGGGUCCUGUAUGUGCCUAGCAUGGGAUUUUGUGUUUUGGUGGCCCAUGGGUUCAAACUCCUGUCCCAAAGAGGAGGCCUAAAGAAAAUGUCUUGGUUGCUCAUGGGAGUUCUUCUAACAACACACGCCUUGAAGACUUUCAACAGAAACUGGGACUGGGAGUCCGAAUACACGCUUUUUACAUCUGCACUGAAAGUGAACAGGAACAAUGCCAAACUCUGGAACAAUGUCGGACAUGCUUUGGAGAAUCAGAACAGUUACGAGAGAGCUUUGAGAUACUUCCUUCAGGCCACAAAAGUGCAACCAGAUGACAUUGGGGCCCACAUGAACGUCGGGAGAACCUACAAGAACCUAAACAGGUCCAGAGAGGCAGAGGAGGCAUAUCUAAUUGCAAAAUCCCUUAUGCCACAGAUCAUUCCAGGGAAGAAGUAUGCAACCCGUGUGGCCCCCAACCAUCUGAACGUCUACAUUAACCUGGCUAACCUGAUUCGGGCGAAUGACUCUCGCCUGGAGGAAGCCGACCAACUCUAUAGGCAGGCCAUCAGCAUGAGACCGGACUUCAAGCAAGCCUACAUCAGUCGAGGGGAGCUUCUGCUGAAAAUGAACAAGCCCAGCGAGGCGAAGGACGCCUACCUACGAGCGCUGGAGCUGGACCAUACCAAUGCAGACCUCUGGUACAAUCUGGCUAUUGUCAAUAUAGAGAUGAAGGACCCCUCAGAGGCUCUGAGAAACUUUAAUCGCGCGUUGGACCUGAAUCCACGGCACAAACUGGCACUCUUCAACUCGGCACUUCUCAUGCAAGAGUCAGGCGAGGCAAAAUUUCGUCCAGAAGCCAACCGUCGCUUUCUCACUUAUGUGAAAGAGGAGCCGGACGAUGCUAACGGCUACUUCAACCUGGGCAUGUUGGCGAUGGAUGCUAAUGAGAAUGAAGAGGCCGAGCACUGGAUGCGGGAGGCCAUUCGACUGCAACCCGGCUUCCGCAGUGCUUUGUUUAACUUGGCUCUGCUCUACUCUCAGUCCCAACGUGAACUGGAUGCUCUCCCGGUGCUUGAGGAGCUGCUGCGGUACCACCCGGAGCACGUCAAAGGCCUGAUCCUCAAGGGAGACAUCCUCAUGAACCACCGCAAGGAUACACGUGGUGCCAAGGCCUGUUUCGAACGCAUCUUAAACAUGGACCCCAGCAACGUGCAGGCCAAGCAUAACCUCUGCGUGGUGUACUUCGAAGAACGGGAGCUCCAGCGUGCCGAACGCUGUCUAGUGGAGACACUCGCCAUGGCGCCACAUGAGGAGUACAUCCGGCGGCACCUCACUAUUGUACGCAACAAAAUGGCCGCCAUGAGUGCCGCGGGGCAGCCAAUUGUGCAGACAGAGGGUGAUAGUGUGGCAGACAAAAAGCAAGAGCAACAUCAACAGGGCAAAAAGGAGGAGGAGGAAGGGCAGGGAGUUGCUUCAGGAGCAGGGGAGGGGGCCAGGAAAGAGAAGAAUUUGAGGAAAUCCUCCCCCACAGACAGCGUCAGCGGCCAGGGCCAUGGCCAAUCAAAGAAGUUGGAUGGGGGCCAGCCUGACAAGAGGACUAACAGCAAAUCCACAAAAGAGAUUAAAGAUAUAGAAAAGAAAAGGGCGGCUGCCUUGAAGAGACUGGAGGAGAUUGAACGCAUAUUAAGCAGCGAUUAACCUUGUUUAUCAACCACCACACUAUUUUUAUAUAUAACUAUUUAAAGCGCAAGAUCGAGACUCCUAUGUUUUUUUUCCCCAAAUUGAGCCCUUGUUUAUGCAUGUUUCGUGCGCUUUAGUUUGAUUGUUGUGUCUUUUAUAUAAGGUGGGGCAUACCUCCUUUUCCGACAUCUUUAAUUAUGUAAAGCUGUUUGGCUGAAAAGGGAAACCAGGCGUGCGUUCACAACAUGCGCUGAAAAAGCACAAAAUUAGGUACUUUUUUUAAAAGAAACCCUGCAAAAAAUCUUAUUUUAUCAUAUCGUUUAUUUAUGAUUGUCUAUAUCUGAGUCACUGGAUUAGUUUGUCACUUUUGUGUGUUGAUUUAUCUUACCACUGGCAAGUAUUACUCAUAAUCACAAAUAAAAUAUUGGUAUAUUAGCCAGCUCAUUUUAUAGCAGGGCCUCUGAGUGGUCCGUCACCUAGCUUUUGGGUUUUAGCUCAGCAAACCCCUCCCCUUCUUUGCAUGACAUCACCGCUUUCCUCCAAUUCUCUGCUGCUGUUUUGUUGAUGUGUCAUUAUUGUUGUUGUGUUUUAGUCUCAACACCAAAUGGUGUCAGAGUUUAAUUAUAUCCUCUGACAUAAUCUCAUUCUGAAUUAGGGUCACCUCCCUUCGCCAGCCCUAUUUUUACAAGCUUCUGGGAUUUUUCAAUAUGGCUUGGAUAUUGUUUGGGCCUUUAAUGUUUUCACAGAUUGGUCAUGCUUUUUAUUUAGACUUUUUUUUAUUUUUUAUAAGGUUUUCUGCUGCUUUGAGCUCUGUUUCUUGUUCUCCCCACAAAGACCAAACAGUAGCAUUACAAUCAAACAUUAAGCAGAAAUAACUUGAAACCUUCAUUUAAAGGAAUAAUUCACCCAAAAUUCAGUCAUCCUUUGCACAACCUCAUGUGAUUUCAAACUUGCACAACAUACUUUCUUCUGUGGAACAUAAGACAUUUUUUUUACACCUCCUACUGUUAUAAAUGAUGCGUCAUAUGGCUUCUGAGCUGUGCAAUAGCUUUGUUCGACUAACAGAACCAAAUUUAAGUCGUUAUUCAGUGAAAAUCUCGAUUUAAGCUCACUUAGGCAUGUUCAUGAGAGAACUAGCGAUGUCAUUAAUGAUUGACUCGUUAUUUUGAAUCUGAUCUUUUCAAUGAAGCAUUCAAUCCAGUUCUUGUGAGUGAUUUGUUUGAUUCGCUGAUCCAGAAAGCUACUAAAGACAUAUUUAAAACAGUUCAUGUGACUACAGUGGUUCUACCUUAAUAUUAUAUAGCGUUGAGAAUACUUUUUGUGUGCCAAAAAAACAAAAUAAUGACUUUUCAACAAUAUCUAGUGAUGGGCGAUUUCAAAACACUGCUUCGAAGCUUUACGAAUCUUUUGUUUCGAAUCAGUGGUUCGGAUCGUGUAAACGAAGCCUCGUUUACUGAAAUCAUGUGACUUUGGCGCUCCGAACCACUGAUUCGAAACAAAAGAUUCGAAAAGCUUCAUGAAGCAGUGUUUUGAAAUCACCCAUCACUAGAUAUUGAAAAGUCGUUAUUUUAUUUUUUUUGGCGCAUAAAAAGUAUUCUCUAACGCUGUAUAAUAUUAAGGUAGAACCACUGUACUCACGUGAACUGUUUUAAAUAUGUCUUUAGUAGCUUUUUGGAUCUUGAGAGGUUCAGUGACAUUGCUGGCAAUAGAGCCCUCACUAAGCCAUCGGAUUUCAUCAGAAAUAUCUUAAUUUGUUUUCCGAAGAUGAACAAAGGUCUUACGGGUGUGGAACAACAUGAGGGUGAGUAAUUAAUGACAUUAUUUUCACUUUUGGGUGAACUAACCCUUUAACAGCUCACAGGAAGAGAAGAUUUUCCAUGAAUUACUAAAAUUUUGGUCUGUUCCUCACACAAAGUUACCAUAUGUCUUCAAAAGACUUCACAUAUGGUACAUAUGUAGUCAUAUGGACGAUGAAACUAUAAUGCUGCUUUUUGAAACUCUAGUCUCCAUUCAUUACAAUUGCAUUGAUAUGAACGAACACUACAGUUCUUAAAAAAUUUUUCUUUUGUGUUGCACAGAAGAAUUUGUUUUUAAGGUUUUGGUGAAGAAAUGAUGACAGAAUUGUCAUUUUUGGGUGAACGAUCUCUUUAAUAUGGCGAGUAAUAUACAUUUUUGUGGGUUCUUUUAGCUUUUGUUUUUGAAAAUAAUCACAUUUUUUAAAGCUAAGAUUAUACGCCGAUGUGUUAGUUUAGUAUUUUAAUGUCCUGCAGAUGAACUUCAAAUACAUAUGUUGCGCACAGUCGAAUUGGGCGUAUUGUUUCCUGUGGAGCUGAAACAUCCAUGCGCUCUCUCUGGAAUCCUGUCAUCGUUUUACUGUUUAUUUUGAAGCCAGGCCCUGAAAUAUCUCCUCUGACCUUUCUGAAGAACUCAGGAAAAAAAGCUACCUGAGAGCUCACUGAUCUCCUUAAAGCCCGUGAGAGUGCAUUUCCAUACAUUCUACAACACUAGCGGUAUUAACUCAUAUAUGAAAACUCUGAGGUGUCGCAUUAAAGUAAUAAAGCCACUUAAAGUAGCAUAAUUGUCGCCUUUAUCCGAUUAAGUAGCGAACUCACGUAGCUCACAGUAUUAUCAGCUGUUUUGCCAAUUGAGAUGUGCUCACCCAUAAAACUUGAGCGAGAAACCUGAAUCACUACACCUGUUUGCUCUUUCUUUUGGCAACAUGUGCAUCUGAAUCUUUUUUUAUUUUAUUGUCAGUUUGAUAGUCUGUAAAGACAAAUUUACAUGGUUGUAUCAUAUUAAUCUUAAAAUAUAUAGUGUUGGGAGUUCACCUCUCUCUAAAAGGUUCAUAUCCCACUAAAUCAUCUCUCUCAACUCUCAUUCAGCUGUAUGUGAUAUGUCAUAUUUCAAGUUUUCUUUAGCUCAGCUUGAGUCCUAAUGAUGUUUUAGGACCUUUUCCUCUCAUGUUUACUCAUGCUGUGCUUUCACCCCAAAUCCCAUUCUUACAUCUUGAUUUAUAGUAUUUACCUUUUUACUUGGACUAAUGUUUUGACUUAUGAGUGGUGGUGGGACCUACGGUUUUCCAAUAAAAACAACUUACAUCAGGAA